AAAAAGGCCUGGAUCUCAGCUUUUAUCCAGGACACUUGCAAGCCCAGACUCUUGCUCAGUCUCUCAAGAGCCCUAAUCGGAGCCUUCAUUGACUCCGCAUCGUCUGCAAAGUCAAGAUCAGUCACGAUCCAAAGUCAAGAUCCAGCAUCAGCCCAUGAGGAUGUGAUUGAUCUCCUUCACUGCGCCACCAGUACUGGAGUGCCAAGUCACAUGAUGUGGCUCAGGAACCAGCUGGAAGCAGGAUCCGGAGACCCACAGCCCCUAACCCUUCACAAAGUCAAGGAACGUGCAGCCACUUUCACCAUGGUUGCCAGACCUGUGGGGAUGUCUCCCUCGCGGGAUAUUACUCACCACAGUCAGAGCAUACGCUGAGACAACACACAAGACACCCAGAGAGUGCCUUAGCUUGAGCCUCAUAACACGCUCGUUGAAAGGAGUGACAUCGAACACCAUCUGGAGGAGCUGAUCCACCACAGCAACAGCUGCUCCCUGAGUAUGGCAGCCAGCAGGGCAAGCAGACCAAUAAUAGGUAAGCUGAGGUUUGGCCACUCCCCGAACUGUGUACCUCAGAGAGUGCUGCCAUUGAAACAUAGAGUUCACAAAGCUCCUCCGACAGCAGAGAAAAAUGGUCAUCGUGUCAGAGAGACAAGACGUUCCACAUGCUCCACGCAUAUGCCACAUCAGAUGAGGACUGAGGUGCUGCUGUGCAGCGGGUGCUGCCUCAGUGCCACACCAAUCGCGAUCCCCAACAGGCCCGACUCCAUUGGCUCUCCAGUGGUUUCGACUCUUCUGGGGCUGAGGCUCCUGAGGGCUUUCCCACAUCCCCUUCAUGAGACAUGCAGCCGUUCUGUGGGCGGCUGCAGCAGAGCUACUCCUGCAGAGAGCAGAAAACGGUCCAGGCUCCAAAUUUUUCCCUGUAAGUUGGAGGACCACUUGCAGGGGUGGGUGCAAUUUAACAUCACACCCAGGACCACUUACUUUUUUAUUUGGAGGACCUCUAACCUCCGUUAAAAUGGUUUAUUCUAAACUCCCGCUCCGGCUUGCAGACGCUCACUUCCAGACGCGCAAGUAAAGCGACGACAUGCGGUGAGCGGAAAAGUGCGGAUACAAAUCCAUGUAAUGUCAUUCCACUAAUUUGCAUCACCAAGUUUCACCGUCAGCAAAUUUCCAGAUCAAUGCACCACUAGAUAUUCUAGGUUUAAGUGGCCGAUCAGAGAAGUUAUAAAUGUUUCUUCAAUUUGCUGAAUCAUGGUUUAAAUGAAAGAUUUGCGAUAUAUCAAACCAUUCUCUAAGUACUUCGAAUCACCAGCUGGAUAUUCUGCUGCUCUAGGCUCCGUAUGUGUGGUCUGGAUUAUUUGCAUUUUACACAGCUUUGGGGAUCAACUGAAGUUCAUACAAGAAGGUGACUCUCUUCCAAACACAACUUACAGGGGGCUGAAUCCUUCCAUUCCACGCUCAUUGUACAUCUGUUACAGUGAUACCCCAUUAUGAACAACACCACCAACAAUACCUGUGUUGACAUAUCAAAUAACCCCACCUGUAAUCUGCUAAUGGCCAUAUACAUUGUGGCCUUUGUGGUGGGUGUAGUGCUCAACUUCAUCACUUUGGGGCCCAUCGUGCAGCAGGUACGCAGCCACAAUGUUCUGGGGAUCUACUUGUUGAACGUUGCCAUUUCGGACCUGCUUUACAUCUUCACCAUGCCCCUGUGGAUCAAUUACUAUUACAAUAAUCAUCGCUGGGAAAUGGGCCCGAGGGCUUGUCAGCUAGCUGGUUUCUUCUUCUACUCUAACAUGUAUAUCAGCACAUACCUGCUGUGCUGCAUCUCCGUGGACCGCUGUCUCACCAUCACCUACCCUCUGCAGGCCAGGGCAUUUCGGAGCCCGAGGUAUGCCUGGACAGUCUGCGGCUCUGUCAUCCUAGUUGUCAUGAUCAUACAUGCCUUGAUGCUUGCUCUGGACAAAAAAAACACUCCCCUCGAUGUUAACUCCCGCUGUUACGAACACCUCCCCAUGCCUUUGGAAGUGGCUCGCAUGAACCUCAUUCGAGCAAGUCUAGGCUUCCUUGUGCCACUUUUGGUGUUGGCCUCAUGCUACUGGCAGAUCUUUGGCAAGGUGCAUCGCAGCGAAAGUUUGGACAAGCAAAGCAAACGCAAGGUCCAGCUUCUGUCCAUGGGUGUGAUUAUCAUCUUCUCUGUCUGCUUUGCUCCAUACCACCUGCUGCUCAUAGCGCGGUCCAUGACCAACUUGUGGAUGAAUACGGAAAUGUAUUGUGCUUUUGAGCAACAUCUCUACUCCUACUUCUCUGGUGCAUUGGCCAUAUCCAGCCUCAAUAGCGUGAUGGACCCUGUGCUCUACGUGCUCGUGAGCAAUGGGGUCAGGGAGGAACUGAGGGUAUAUUUUAUUCGAGGAAAGAGUAAGGGCACCUUCAAGUCGCAGGCCACAAUUGAAACGAAAACUUAACUCUACUGAGGAUGGACCAACCUCAACUCUCACUUGACAGAGAGAGUGAGAGCUUGUGAUGUAAACAAAAGGUAAACUUAUCUGAAUGUGUGGGAUGCCAGUUUCUGAAUGAUCUGGAAUAUGGCAAGUAUUUGUAAAUUGUACCGAUGUAUAGUGCUUGUGUUAAAUAAACAAUUUUUAAUUCAGGAA